UUUUCAAGGUCAGACACACUCAGAGCUAUGAGGAAUCUCUCAGUGGUGACUGAGUUCAUCCUGCUGGGCAUCCCACACACAGAGGGUCUGGAGACCAUGCUCUUGGUCCUGUUUCUGUCCUUCUACAUCUUCACUCUUACAGGAAACUUGCUAAUCUUACUGACAAUUGUCUCCUCCACGCGGCUUCACACUCCCAUGUACUUCUUCCUGUGCCAGUUGUCUCUGGGUGACAUAUUUUUCCCUUCUGUGAGUUCUCCCAAGAUGCUCUUCUUCCUCUCAGGAAACAGCCGAGCCAUCUCCUAUGGAGGCUGUGUGUCCCAGCUCUUCUUCUACCAUUUCCUUGGUGGUACUGAGUGUUUUCUGUACACAGUGAUGGCCUAUGACCGCUUUGUAGCCAUUUGCCACCCUCUACGCUACUCCGUAAUCAUGAGCUACAAAGUGUGUGCCAUCCUGGCCAUGGGGACAUCAGUUCUGGGCUGCAUUCAUUCCACUUAUCUAACUGCUCUCACCUUCCAGUUGCCCUACUGUGGUCCCAAUGAGGUGGACUAUUACUUUUGUGAUAUCCCCGUGAUGCUGAAGCUGGCUUGUGCAGAUACUUCAACCCUGGAGGUGGUGGGAUUCAUCAGCGUAGGCCUCACGCCCCUUGGUUGCUUUUUCCUCAUCCUCACCUCCUACAGCUGCAUCAUAUGCUCCAUCCUUCAGAUCCGCUCUGCUGAGGGGCGACACAGAGCCUUCUCCACCUGCAGUGCCCACCUUACUGCAAUCUUGCUUUUCUACAUGCCAGUGAUAUUCAUAUACCUAAGGCCAACCGCAAACCCCUGUUUGGAUGCAACUGUUCAGAUCCUGAAUAACCUGGUCACCCCUAUGCUAAACCCCUUGAUCUACAGCCUCAGGAAUAAGGAGGUGAAAUUAUCACUGUGGAUGGUCCUGCAUCAGCUUGGUUUCCUUCCUGAGAAGUUGUAAGGAAAGAGCAGUGGGGAGUACCUUAGAUA